UUCUCCUGCAUUACCUAAUUCUUCGGGUACUUCUUAGCAUCGGUCUCUUUCCGUAAGGCGAAAUGUGUCUGGUGGCUCGUAGUGUGCUUGAAUAUCGCUUCAUUCUUAGGAUUAUUUCGAAGUAAAUUCAGUCCAAGGCGGUCGGGUAGCUACACUGCGGUUUGUGAAAUGAGUCCUCCCAUUGACCGGAACUGCCUGGGAGCCAUCAAUCAUUCAUCUUCCAAUGCCACACGACGUUAAUUUAUGUUCGUGUUAUGGUUAGAAUAUUUCCGAUGCGCUCGUAUGAUAUCAGGAAGGUUCCCUUCGAUCUCAUCCCUCGAUGAAUCACCGACGGAGUUAAAUGACGGAAAUUCCUCACUCAGGUUAGCUAGCCAAUAACAUGUGUUGAUUCUUGGUUUAUAUGGGUCAGCGGUCAUAAGCGGUCUAUUGUUCUGGUUUAUGUCCGAACGGGUCGGAUCUAAGGCUUCAUGACUCAAGUAGGAAAAUAUCUACCAACGUUUCGCGUUAUACAUCUCGCGUGUAUAUGUCUCCCGCCUGUGGAUUUAUCUUAUUUAGUGAUACGGCCGAGUGAAUAUCCAUGGAGCGACAAACCCGACGGCGAAGAAGGCCGGCCUUAUCAUGCCUUGAAUGCAGACGUCGCAAGAUCAAGUGUAACCGUAAUGAGCCUUGUUCGCAUUGCGUUUCCGCCAAGUUGAAAUGUGUCUAUAGGGUUUACAGCGAUGAGCCUACUACCGAUCAGCAGCCCCAUCAAUCCGAUUCUAGGGGCGAGGCGCCAGGUACCUCGACUCGCGUGCCCUCAAUCGUGGGUCUAACUCCGACCUUUACGGAGCAUAGUCAACCGUCCCGGUCCUCGGUAACGUCGCCGUCAGCUACCGUUACGGCGACAGGUGGCCAAAGCAGCACGUCAAAUAAUCUCAGUCAGAACAAUAGUCAACCACCAGAUCGCGCCCAGGAUUAUGAACCAGGUCUCAUUGGCAUUUUACAACGUGGCAGCAGACCAGAAAAGCUUUCGGCGAAUAGCCCUAUUUAUGGUCUUGCCGAAACUGGUCAAGAUAUACUGGCCCGUCAGUUAGGGCUGGAGGACUCACGGAUAAUUCUAAACAAAACAAGAAUCUUGGGAUGGAGUCUAAGAAUAGGCUCGGCUGAAGAGUUCGAGCCCCUCGUUGCGUGCUUUUUUAGUGCAGCCAAAAGCGUCAAGGAAGAUUCGGUUCCAGACACUGAACUUGGAGCCGCACGCACGCAGAUGUGGACUCUUCUUCAAAAAUGCAAAAGCAUAGCGAAGAGUAUGAAGGUAGGGAGACCUAGCAGAUUACUUUCGCAUCCCGAGAUCGACCUUUCACCACCUUCCCGCGAUCUUGCGGACAGAAUGGUUACUUUGUACUUUCAAUACUUUGAAUCGACACACCGGGUACUUCAUGCUCCUACUUUCUGGUCCGAGUACCAAAAAUGGUGGGACCACCCAGAAAGUACUCCGGCAAGUCUACGUCUAAAGGCCCUUCUCGUAAUUGGUAUAGGAUCAUGUCUAUCCAGCCAUGAAGAUAAGGAUCCUGGAUUUCGCAAUACGGUCCACCAAUGGAUAUAUGCCGCUCAGACGUGGCUAGCUGGGCCGCUAGAAAAGGAUCGCUUGAAUAUCGAAGGGAUCCAAAUUUAUUGCCUAACGAUCCUAGCUCGACAGAUCUUCUCAAUUGGAGGCGAUCUGGCAUGGGCAUCUGUAGGAUCGCUUAUCCACAUGGCGAUGCAGAUGGGCUUGCAUCGUGACCCCAAGCAUCUCCCGGCGAUGUCCAUCCUACAGGCGGAACUCCGUAGGAGGCUAUGGGCCACCAUUCUCGAAAUGGUCUUGCAGUCAGCUCUUGACUCUGCAAUGCUACCGAGGAUCUCCCUAGACGACUUCGACACAGAAGCACCCUCUAACAACAACGAUGAUGAAAUAGACGAGUCAACCACGGAACUUCAACCUCAUCCUAAGGAUAAAUAUACCGAUGCAUCAAUGCAACUUGUCUUACUCGACCUUGUACCCAUUCGCCUCCGGAUCCUUAAGCUUCUAAAUGGCUUAAACUCCGAACUUUCAUAUCUCGAUGCGCUGGCGCUAAGUUCAGAAAUAAUUGAGGAGUAUCAAGCCUGUAGUAAAUCCACGAGGGAAGGUGAGCGGUCUGGAAUGACGCCGUUUCAUCGAAAUCUUCUGGAUUACCUAGUGCGUCGGUUUUUAAUUCCUUUACAUGGCCCAUUCGCGACCGAAGCGCGAAAUAAUCCAUUAUUCUACUACUCGCUCAAAGUCAGCCUAGACUCAGCUUUAGCUAUUAUAUCGCCCGAACCAGACGAAUGCUUCUCUCGCCUCAUGGCUAUUGGUGGGGGUAUGUUUAGAGAGGGGAUUAGAUACGCCACCUCCGUCAUCACCCGCGAACUCAUCCGUCAGGUCAAGGCUCGUCGCACUGACGGGACCCUGCAUCGCAACUCUCAAUACAUAGAGCUCCUCAAGCAAACCGUAAAUGAUAUGAACACAAUGUCGAUAGAGCGGAUCCGAAAAGGCGAAACGAAUGUGAAGAGUCCCAUGUUCCUCAGCAUGAUCAUGACCUACGUCGAAGCGAUAGAAAAGAAUACGCCAUAUGAACUUGCGGUCGCACAGAGCGGUAGGGACAGCUUGGAGAUGUGCUACAAUCUACUCCGCGAAAAGACUGGAACCAUCUCCUCACCGUACCCCUACAACACAGGUCUCACACCGAGAAGCCUCAAUGGAAGCUAUGGGUUUGACUUGGAUCUAGACUGGGAAUCUUUCCUACCAGAUGCAGAUUUCUCAUAAUACUUAGACGUGUAUCAGUUUCACCACUUUGAUACGUCAUAUAAAUCUCGAUGCUGUUUCAAAAGUGGCUGCUCAUUUUUUUUUCAGCUUCGGGCCACCUCACCAAUCGACCAUACUCGGUGACGAGUAGAGGCUGAUGUUCCAUUUUUGAGUCCGGUACUCCCCGCUCUACGAAGCAAGGUGGCAUGUGUCUCAUGUAAACGCCCAUUCUCCUA